AUGUCAGAUUUAUUACUUAAAGAAAUAAUUAGACAGAAUGAGGAUUUAUAUUCUGUACUAGGGUUAAAUGUUAAUCGAAAUGCUAAUAUUAACAUAAAUGACAUUAGAAAACAGUAUAAAAUUCUAGCUUUGAAAUAUCAUCCUGAUAAGAAUAUCAUUAAUAAAGAGAAUAAAGAGGUGGUUGAUAAUAAGAAUAAUGAUUUGUUUCAUAAAAUAUCAAUUGCUUAUGAGAUCUUGUCUAAUGAACAGUUAAAAGUUAAAUAUGAUCAAUGGUAUCAAAAUAUUCGAACGAGCAGAUUAAAUAUGAGUAGUACAAGAACUAAAAUGAUUCAUAAAUUAAAUGAAAACGAAAAAAAUGAUAGUUUAAAGGUUCAUAAAAAAGACUAUGAUCUUCAUGAUUUACAAAAAGUUGGACAGAGGCUACGCAAAUUGAAACAACUGAAACUACCAUAUUAUAAUUGGGAUGGUAGAAUUAUUUCAUCAAACAUUAAUAAUAGUAAAAAUAAUAAAAGUGAUGAUUAUAAUAUAGAUAAAUGGUCUGAUUCAUCAACAAUUAAGUUUGAAUUAAAAAAUUUACAUUAUAAUAAUAAUAAUAAUAAUAAUAAUAAAUCUAAUUUUUUUCUACAAUUAAUGAAAAAGAUUUAUUAUCGGAUCUAUAUUCUUUAUUAA